CAAAUGUACAAUCAAUAUGUGGUCGUCUGGACAGACAACUAGGGAGUGGAGAGAAGUUGGCCUUCGUUAGCUCCCCUGUAGGUUAGCGGAAACGCGGAGUGCAAACUGAACCCGGCUUUCCGGCUUUCCGCAGAGCGGGAGCCUGUGGCAGGGAGUGGGGGACCUGGCGUGCACCCAAGUGCCGCUGCAGUAACUUGCGCUUGCACGCGCCAGGGCGGGAAGCCUAGAAGCGCUGCACGUGGCCGGGGUGGCCGUUGCAGACUUGGCGCAGGGCCUGGCAGAGAGGUGCGCUGAAUAGGGGGACCCGCGGGAACGUGCUGCUGCUGGGUCUGCAGGGGCAAUGCAGACCCUGAAACCGAAACCAAAGGCUCGCCCCUUCUGCUUAAGCGUGAAAGGCCACGUGAAGCUGCUGCGAUUGGCACUAGCUGUGACAUCUAUGACCCUUUUCAUCCUAGCACAAGCGCCAGAGCCGUACAUUGUCGUCACUGGAUUUGAAGUCGCUUCUACUUUCUUUUUCAUACUUUUAUAUAUACUCAGACUUGAUCGAUUAAUUAGCUGUUUAUUUUGGCCUUUACUUGAUAUUAUCAACUCAGUGGUAGCAGCAGUAUUCAUGAUAGUUGUAUCUGUGUUGGCACUGAUCCCAGAAACCACAACAUAUACAGUCCUUGGAGGGGUGUUUGGACUCGCGGCCUCGGUGUUCUGUAUUGCCGAUGGGGCACUUAUAUACCGGAAGCUGCUGUUUAAUCCAGGUGGUCCUUAUCAGAAAACUGAUGCUCAUGGCAAACUAUGAGUUUUGUAAAUUUAUAUUCUUUUUAGUCGAUGCUAAGUAUUAAACAUAUCUCUUUUUCUAACACA